AUGGCGUUUUCACAAGCUUUCAGCUCACGGCGUGGGCGUAUCUUUGCCCUCACGGCCUUCUUGGCCCUUGUCAUUCUUCUCGUGGGAUAUCAAACAGCCUCACCAUUGUCUAUCUACCGGCAGGACCCGGUGGUUCUUAAACAACCCGAGCAUCAGGAGACGGGCAGCAAAGCAGGUCAUGGUGAUUUGACACCACCGCCGCUGGAGACAUGGAACCAUCACGAACAACAAGAUACCGGCGGCGUCCCCGCCAACCACGACGAUGUCUCUCUGAAUCCUCCCACGACACCUUCUGGGGAAGAAGAAGACAUCGAUCUGGGCUUGGGAAUGGGCUUGGGAACAGGGACUGUCGAUGUGGGUGGUGAGGAGCAAGCCAACGGUCCGGACGAGACUCUGGAGGUUUCCCCGGUUACUUCGUCGACUCCAGCCGAGGGCGAGGAGGAAUGUGUACGCUUCGAACAGCUCCAGCGCAAGAAACCUGGUCCCCUAUCUGCCGGCAAGCGCCAGUUCCCUUAUGUGCGCCCGCCACCACACUGCCGGACCUUCCAACUUCCCGCUCUUGAAAAGCUCAUCGAGCGCAUGAGAACCGUGAUCAAAGACCCUGAUCUCUUCCGCCUUUUUGAGAACAGCUACCCCAACACCCUCGAUACCAUGAUCAAGUGGCACGGCUACGCCAGGAAUAACUCUCCCUGGGAUACCAACACGGGGACCUACUCCAAGUCGCUCGCUGCCUUCAUGGCCACACCCGAUGGUGUUGAACAACAAGAAGAAGUUGACAACCCAGAAACAGACGAAGAACUAACCUACAUCAUCACCGGCGACAUCGACGCCAUGUGGCUCCGCGACUCCGCCUCGCAGCUCUACUCCUACCUGCCCUUCCUCACCCCCUCCACCUCCAAGGAUUCUCUCGCCAGCCUGUGGCGGGGACUCAUCAACUCGCACGCCCGCUACAUUGUCAUCUCGCCCUACUGCCACUCUUUCCAGCCGCCUCCCGAAUCCGGCAUCCCGCCCACGCAUAACGGCGCUUACAACCAGAACAACCCGCAACCGCCCUACGACCCGCAAAAGGUGUUUGACUGCAAAUGGGAGCUCGACAGCCUGGCUUCUUUCCUGCAGAUCAGCAGCGCUUACCACGCGAAAGUUCCCAAGGACUUGGCCUUUUUUGGCAAGUACAAAUGGAUCGAGGCCGUGCAAGCGGCCGUCGACGCCGCGGCCGCAAUGAGGCUGGGGACGUAUGAUGAGGAAGGAAAAGUAUUGCCUUCGGCGUGGACGUUCACGGGUUGGACGAACAGAGGCAGCGAGACGCUGACGAAUGAUGGGCUGGGCAAUCCCGUCAAAGAAAACGGUAUGGUUCGGAGCGGAUUCCGCCCCAGCGACGACGCCUGUAUUUUCCAGCUGUUGACGCCGAGCAACAUGAUGUUUGCGGCAUAUUUGGAGCAGGCGAGCGUGAUUAUGGAAGGACUCUCGUCUCUCGACGGGCUCGACCAAGCAAAAAAGACGAUGGCGAAGAAUAUGACGGCACGGAUGCGUGAUCUUGCCAGGGGAAUCAGAUAUGGAAUCGCCCAGGACGCGGUGGUUACUCAUCGCGAGUUCGGCGAGAUAUUUGCGUAUGAGGUGGAUGGGUACGGAAGCGCGAAUUUGAUGGAUGACGCGAACGUCCCGUCGCUGCUGGCGUUUCCGUUGUGGAAUUAUACCCAUCCGCCGCCGUCGCUUGGAGACCACGACCACGAGCAAACAAAGACUAUGGUCAAGUCUACCCACGGCGGAAGCAAAACCCCAAGCCGCUCUUCAGACUCAACCCAAGUCCAACCACCCUCCGUCGAUGAUGAGACCGAACUUCCCCCCGCUUCCCCUCCACCUCCUCCCAAGCCAUACACCACAACCCCCCUACCAUCCCACAACUACUCCGCCAUCUACCAAAACACCCGGCGCUUCAUUCUCUCCCUCUCCAACCCCUACUUCGCCAAGGGGCCCGCCCUAUCAGCCGUCGGCGGCCCCCACCUCGGUCCCGGAAAGGGCUGGCCGAUGGCCGCCACCGUCGCGGCAUUGACGGCCUACAACUUGGACCUCUCCGGCCUGUCGUCAGGAUCGAAAGAGCAAGAAAGGGCGGUGGAGGAGCAGCUGAAGAUGAUAUUGGACUCGACGAGCGGGACGGGGGUGGUGCAUGAGACGGUGAACGCGUGGAACGAGAAGGAUUGGACGCGGAGCUGGUUUGGAUGGGCGAAUGGGUUGUUCGGGGAGUUGAUUAUGAGGAUAGCGGAGGAGGAGGCGGGGCGGGAGGUGAAGUGGGAAGAGGGGGAGGGGUUGUUGGGGAGGUCGUGGCAGUGA